AUGCCAUCAUCAUUUACCUCAACAGCAUCAUCAUCCACUACUACUUUUUCCUCCUCCACAUCCUGUGCUGUCCCAAUGUCCAUUACUAACGCAAGAAAAGCAUCCUACUUAUCGCCCAAAGAAGAGUAUUUGACAGAUCAACAUGUGGUCUCUGAUUAUCCUUCAUCGUCUGCCUAUUCCCCUGUUGAAUUGGCCCCAAUUCUAAACAUUUCAGACAACAGACCACCUUCCCCAGAUUCACCCAAAUUAAAAAAGUUCCCAUUAUCAACAAAUCACUCAUAUUACCAUCAGCAACAUUGUCCACCAUUUUUGGAACCAACACCUCAAUUAAAGAUUCAUGAAACCGGGUUCUUUCCCUUAGAUUUAUUUAAAGUAUUUAAAACCAAGAUACCCACUUUACGUAGAUCAUCAUCAAUCCAAUCUCUGCCUUCAUCGCGUUAUUCUACGGCGUCUCCUCCUGUAUCCUGCUCUAUUCCUACCAAUGACUCUGCAAUGUCGCCUAUCAUGGCCGCUGCCUCUGCGUCGGCCGCGGCUGCUGCAAACCAUAGACAUCCGGGCUCUCAAGUUGCAAAGAGCUUGCUGGAAUCUAUUGGUACAUCUGUUGAUCAACAUGUACUUUUUCCAACAGAAACCAAGUCCUCCAACAAAAAGCAGGCUGUCAUCGCUGCUGCUGCUGCCGCCGCCGCUGCUGCUGCUGAUGCUUCCAAUGUCGAUCAAAGCAUGUUCUUGACAAAAAAUGCGCACAUCAAGAGACCUCGUAACGCAUGGAUUCAUUUUCGUUGUCAUUACGGUCAAGCUCUUAAAUCUCAAGACCCCACACUUCGCGCCGAGGAAAUUUCCAAACGAGCAUCUCGUAGAUGGGGAAAGCUUUCCGAGAAGGAGAAAAGACCAUGGCAUGGUCUUGCAGAACAAGAGAAAUUGGCUCAUAGAGAAGCAUUUCCAGAAUAUCGUUAUUGUCCACGCAGAGCUAAUUCUUCCUCUUGCUCAUCUUCGUCAACAACAGCACCCCCUUCACCUCCUCACCAUCUUGCUAACAAUAGACCAAGAUCAGCAAGUCAAGUCAACACGCCACUUAGCAUGCAUGAUUUCAAUCAUUCAUCCUCUUCUUCUCGUGCCCAAAAGAGAAUGAAGCGUAUGAAGUAA